AUGGACUGCUUCAGAGAAUGGAGGACUCUUUUUAAUUUGGCAGUGCCAAGCUGCAUUUCUGUGUGCCUAGAACGGUGGUGGUAUGAGAUAAUGAUUUUGCUCUGUGGUUUGCUGUUAAACCCAAGAGCCACUGUUGCUUCAAUGGGCAUUUUGAUCCAAACCACUUCUCUGAUCUACAUAUUCCCCUUGUCCCUAAGCUUCAGUGUGUCCACAAGGGUUGGUAACGAAAUAGGCGCAAACCAACCGAAAAAAGCAAAGAUUGCAGCCAUUGUAGGCCUGUGUUGCAGCUUCAUACUAGGCCUUGCGUCUCUGAUCUUUGCAUUCAUGGUGAGGAACAUUUGGGCAAGCAUGUUCACACAGGACAAGGAGAUAAUAAAAUUAACAUCAUUUGUUUUGAUUAUAAAGCUUGGAAAUUGCCCACAAACAACAGGCUGUGGAGUUCUGAAAGGCACAGCGAGGCCUAAAGUUGGAGCAAACAUAAACUUGGGGUGCUUUUACCUCGUGGGAAUGCCAGUGGCCAUGGGACUGGGUUUCGUUCUUGAGUUGGAUUUUCAGGGGUUGUGGCUAGGCCUGUUGGCUGCACAGGGAUGCUGUGCUCUGACCAUGCUGGUGGUUUUAGGUGUUACAGAUUGGGAGUUUGAAGCUCAGAAAGCCAAACAGCUGACCGGGGCUGAGGAGGUGGUUGAUGACAGCGAAGAGGUUGAGGAAGACAAUGCAAUAGUAGUGGGUGGGUUUUGUCCUUGA